AUGUCCACAGCCUCUUCGAUGAUGCUUUACCCGAACUAUCCUUUUCUCAUGUCAUCGUUUGGCCGCUCAGAUGACCGUUGUGAGUCCGACGAGCAAUUCAAUUUCACUAUCAGCAAAGAUUUGCUUUUAGAUGCUAAGGAUGUCUUGAUGGGACAUAUGAUUGGAGAAGGAGCCAAAGCCAUCGUCUACAAAGGAAUAUGCAGAUACAAAUGUCCUGUGGCGGUGAAGGUAGUGCAGCCGUGUGAAACAUCUGCUGUAAGCAUAGAGGACAAACAACAGUUUCAAAAGGAGGUUCUGUUACUAUCCUCGAUGGAACAUAACAACAUUGUGAAGUUUGUUGGAGCUUGCAUAGAGCCACAAUUGAUGAUAGUUACCGAACUCGUUGAAGGCGGCAGUCUUCAUAAGUUCAUACUGAACUCUCGUUCGAGUCCUCCUAAUCUAAAGAAGGCACUAAGCUUUGCUUUGGAUAUUUCUCGAGCCAUGGAGUUUUUGCACUCAAAUGGCAUUAUUCACCGUGAUCUAAAUCCAAGGAAUGUGUUGGUAACAAGUGAUAUGGAAAUGGUAAAGUUGGCUGAUUUUGGACUUGCAAGAGAAUAUACUAUAGGUGGCAUGACUUGUGAGGCUGGUACUUACAGAUGGAUGGCUCCUGAGGUAUGUAGCCGUGAGCCACUCAAAAUUGGAGAGAAGAAGCACUAUGACCACAAAGUCGAUGUCUACAGCUUUGCACUAAUUUUCUGGGCGUUGCUCACUAAUCAAACACCAUUCAGUGGGAUAAAUAGGGCUUCUGCUCUCUAUUUUGUGAAACAGGGCAAGAGACCAAGCCUUAAGAAUAUUCCAGAUGAAAUUGUUCCCAUCUUGGAAUCUUGCUGGGCAGAGGACUCAGAGGCACGUCUUGAGUUUAGAGAGAUCACUAUCUUAUUGGAAAAAUUGCUAAACGACCUGAGCUCAGCUGGGACUAGUAAUGAUACAGUAAUAUCAGAUGAGGAAUCUUAUGACGAUGAAAUGGGAGAUUUGGAUACCAAUUGUUUGAUUCAAAAGGGCUAUCGCAGGAUGCAGAAACUUAAGGAAAAGAAGAAGAAGAAGAAGAAAGUGAUGAGUAGGAUAGUUCCUUUCUUCAAGACGCUCUUUUCAUCGAAGGGGUGA